UAGGACUUUUCAUCUUCUGACAGUUCUAUUCCCACAAAGGGACAAGGCGUAAUUCUAAUCACUUUAGCAAUUCAGGUUUCAAACAACUACAUUCUCAUCUCUAUGGCAAGUCAGGCUUGUCUGAGAUCAUCAUUAAUAGGCCGGGGAAUGACAUCAUGAGCUGGUGACGGUUCUCGGGCGCCCCAAUGCGGGUCUGGGCCUGGCGAUGGAGGCGGCUGAUGUGGCUGGAAUCGUGAGUGCUUCUCCGAGGCUCCUCAUUUGCGAGGAUCUGAUGGUGGUUAGCGGUGGCACGAAGUUUUUGGCCGCUGGUUAUAAAGAGACCAACAAUGAUGAUCUUUUCAUUUAUGACUGUACUACUGCAAGCAAAAAACUUCAAGUAAAGCAAGAAAGUGAGGAUGGAAAGCCAUUAAGCAAAACAAAUAAUAUCCUUGCCUGUGCAUUUUCUUCAUCAGGGAAGUAUUUUGUUCUGACUGAUGACAACAAACAAUUAAUUCUUUUCUGCAGAAAGCCUUCCUGGGAAUGUCUGAGUAUAAGACCUGUCAUGAGAAGAUGUACCUCCCUGAUAAUAACCUCUGCAGAAGACAAGGUUUUGGUUGCUGACAAAUCUGGCGAUGUGUAUUCUUAUUCAAUAAUAGAACCAAAAAAUGCAGGAACCAUUGAGCUUGGACACUUGUCUCUUUUGUUGGAUUUGUCACUGAGUCCUGAUGACCGAUAUAUUGUAACAGCUGAUCGAGAUGAGAAGAUUAGAGUUAGUUUGACUAAAGCACCACAUGUUAUAGAGUCCUUUUGCCUGGGUCACAGAGAAUUUGUCAGCAGAAUAUUGGUAGUGCCAAACUUUCCUGAUCUUCUUUUAUCAGCAUCCGGGGAUGGUACAUUGAGGCUCUGGAAGUAUAAAAGUGGAAAAGAGCUACAUUGCUUUCAGUUGAAUAAUUUGAAUAUAAAUGAAGAUAGUAAGAAUGAGAAGAAAUAUGCAGUCUCAAGAAUAGCUUAUUCUUGUGACGGAAAUUACAUUGCUGUUUUAUAUGACUGUAUUCCUGCAGUAUCCAUCUUCCAGCUUGAUGCCGGUGCUCAGAACCUAAUUUCUAAGCAGCAAAUAACCUUGAGCCACAAAGGUUGGGAUGUUGCAUUUGAGGAAACAGGUGGGCUCUGGGUACUGCAGGAGAAUCAGCAAAUACCUCUUCUAUUCUACCAACCUGAGGAUGGACAGUGGCAGCCUGUUAUUGACAAGAAAGAAUUAGUGAAAAUGUCCAAGUACAUAUGUGACCAUUGGAGAAUGUUUCAAGGUGCUAUGGACAAAGAGAGCUGCUUCCAAAAUCUCUACAAGGCGUCUUUUGAUAAUAUGUCCAUUUAUCUAAAAAGGAAAGAAGAGAGACUACAGCAGCAGAAAAAUAAGAGGAAAGAUCCACAGUAUGAAUCAAGCGAACAGACCAAAAAAGUCAGAACUGAAGAACUGUCCUGAUAAUACUCGGUGCUAUCACAUUUCUGAGUUUGGAAGCAGCUGAACAGAAAACAGAAACUUUUCCUUAGGCAUAACUGAAAUUAAAUCUGCCUGAUGGUUAGUGUCAGCAUACCUCACCCCUGACAAAUAGCAAAAGAAGUAACCUGAUUAACAAGCCACAUCCCAGUGCCUUUAAGUAACUUGUUUCUAAAUGUAUGGCUUUAAAAUGUUGCUUGAAUGACAGUGUUGAAAAUAAUACCUAGAAAAGGAUUAUAACAAAGAACUUCUCCAAAUCCAAUUGAUUAGAUUUUCUUCCUGAACCAAGAAUAUGCUGUCUCAACAAUGUCAAAUGGACCCAAAUCGUUGCCUAGUGUCAAACUUCUACCCAGCCAUCUUUUCCAGAAGUUGAGGCAAUAUAUACCAUAUAGUUAUAUAAGAAAGAACCUGGAUUACUGCCAGAGUUCAUGGUCAAGCCCAAUUGUUCUUGGGAUUUUGUAUCUGAAGAUUUUGUUGAGUUCUCUAGUAGAUGUGAUCUACUGAAUCAUAGAAACAACCGGAAGGAAGCCCUUAAAAAUGGCUUUGCUUAACUCCAGUUGUCUUUAAUGCAUUUAAAUAGGCAGAAACACAAAUUAAGUGUUAACGUAGUUCAUGGCAGCUGUAAUACAAUAUUACAACAAAUAGUGUCUGCAGUAAGCCUCAAUGAUGCAAAAAUGAUUGUAUUAAUCACUUCAUGUCACAAAUCUGCCAUUAAGUAAGGACAUAAUAUCUAAUACAAGAACAUAAGUGACAGUAUUUGGGUCAGGACAUGUUUGAUUGGCACUGUAAUUAAGUUGACCUCUUUCAACAGUAAAAAGGUAAAGGAGUCUCUGCUGAUUUUACUCUGCUGGUCAUUGCUGACCAUAGGCAGCGGUGCUUGUUUCAAGGCUAUUGAGCCAGCGCUGUCUGAAGGAAUUUCCUCAGUUCAUGUUGCCAUGGAAUUAUUCAUUUGAACAGUAAAGAAGUAAUAAACAUUUAUGGAACAUCUA